AUGGCAGCAGAAACAUCCCCGCCGCAGGUGCCAGCACCAGCCACACCUGCCCCGUUGCAGGAGAUACAUUCUGGAGAGCGCCUAUCACCUGACUUUCUCGUAGUCGUCUUGGAUUUGGAUGCAACCGCAUGGCAGCACAUUGCCAGCGACGCAACAACACCCGAAGCUAGGGCGGAUGCUGCAUUUGAGGCACUUAAGGCUGUGAUAUCGGCAGUCCUUGUAUUUAUCAAUGCGCAUUCCGCGAUGCAACAUGGGAAUGGGAUCGCAUUGUACGGUGCUGCGGCCGGCACAGCAAAGCUUUUGUACUCGACCAGCAUUCAUGCGCAGCCCUUCGUGCGUCAGGCACAAGAUACCCAGAAAGGCGCAUGUUUGCCGUUCAAAAUCCUUGACGAUGCUGUGUUUGAAGGUAUGAAGUCAUUGUUCGAUGCUUCAAAAGGCAGUGACCAUGGUCCGGUGGGAAUUACACGCGCAUUGACAUUGGCGUUGUGCCAUAUGAACCGCAUGACUGUGGCCAUCAAUGAAGCCUCCUCUGGUGGUAACCCUGGGACAUUAGCUACGAGCUCUGGACCUGCUGUCUCUUUCCGGCACAGAAUCCUAGUGCUAAGCGCUACACCUGACGUGAGUGCACAAUAUGUUCCUAUGAUGAACUGCAUUUUCAGUGCUCAAAAACAGGGUAUUCAUAUUGACGUGUGCAAGCUGCUAGGGGACGAGACAGUGUUCUUACGCCAGGCAUGCCAUUUGACUGGUGGUCACUAUUACCGAAUGACAAGCUUGGAUAGGUUACUUCAGGUACUCAUGACAGCGUUUUUGCCGUCGCGAUCGAUCCAGCCGCUGCUUAUGUUUCCUGCUUUGGAUGACGUAGAUUUCCGUGCCGCUUGCUUUUGCCAUCGAAGGAACGUGGAUAUUGGAUACGUUUGUUCUGUUUGCCUAAGCAUUUUCUGUGAGCCUAGAGCGGAAUGUCUCAUUUGUCAUACUCCGUUUAUGAAAGAUGCACUGCGGCAUUUGGAAGAGGAUCGUAUAGUUUUAUCCAUGCUUAAGAAGCAGCAACAGGUGCAAUCGUAG